AUGUAUAAACCGAAACAGCAUAUGAUAAAACUUUCGGAGGUCCAUGCCUUUCAUGCCUCUGAUGAAACUGUCGUUACUGAAGAUACAAGGUAUGUCAGUAAGGCUUGGUACGUUUAUGCUAAUGCAAACAAGACCCUGUAUAGACUCAUAAAUCGGAACUGGCAACAACAGAACCUACUUAUAUAUACAGAGAAAUCCACAAGUGUAACUACCGGUUAUCAUUUUAAAUCUCCUGUACACCCCCUUGCACGCACGUUGGCACGCUCAAUGCCACCCCCGCCACCCCCACCCCCGCCACCGCCACCGCCCCCACCCCCUCCCCCGCCCCCUCCGCGACCGUCCCCUCCUCAUCCCACCACUUUUCUUACCCAUACAAUUUCGACACAGACGCCAACAUCAUUGGUCUCGAUUUCUACCACGUUUCACGCAACAAGCAUCCGACAAAACACUGCUUCCGAAGGUCACUCCUCCGCACACCUCAACAACAAGUCACAAGCGGGUGGACUAAUGAGCCAGAUUAAUGGACAAAACUCCCUUUUUUCUGCGGAGAUAGCCAACUCGUCGACUCUGACUCUGUACCCCCAGACACACACACUAUCUUCGUUAGGGAUAGGAGAAAAAACAGAUGCGCAAAGCAUUCCCACUUCAUCUAAUUCCGCCCCUGGCGUUCCUCUUUCCUCUACAGCGCGCCCAGGAGCUUCCAAAAAUGCAGCAUUGUUUGCCGGCUUUGCAGUAGGGAUCUCGUGUGGAGUUCUGUUGCUUGUUUUCAUCCUAAUCAGGAGGUACAGGCGGAGGAAAGCUUUGCGCGUAGAGCCGUACAAUAAAGAAGAUGAACUCGAGAAUCAAAUGGUGGACGCUGAUUUUUGGACCCCAGCCACUGCACCCUCCACUCAAGGCGGCAUGACCAGAACAUCCCUAUGGGUAUCGCAACAUAGUAUGCCAACGACGGGGAAUGAUGCCAGUGAAUUUUCACAGGCAGUAAAUCCAUUUACGGGUGGUCCUGAGGUUCCUAAUACGGGGUAUACCAUUGAUACAACCGUUCUCGCAGAGCUCGAGAGCAUUUGUGACCGUUUAACGUCAGAGAUGGUGGAAGUGCGAAAUCAAUCAUGGGGGCGGCCUCCAACCUACAGCGCGCUACCUAUAACUGUCGCUCUUGCACAGAAUCAUGAUGUUCUUGUACAGACUCAUGAGUCAGAGCAGAAAGAUUGA